AAUUAAUUUUAUGCCUUGAAGUAUAAAUAAAAAGUAAAAAUAUUAUUUAUUAUUAAACCACCACAAACUACCUUAACUAUCUACGGCAUUUCUUACACAACUUACUCAUCAACCAUAGAAUUAAUCACAUUUUCUGUUAUAUAUAUCAUCAUAUAUAUUAUAUAGACAUAGAAGCAAAUCUGCAUCUCCUUUGGGAAGGGUUUAUAAACAAAUAUGAUUAUCUCUAUCAUAGUAUUUACUCUUUUCUAAUAUGGAGAUAGAUCAAGAACCGCAACUACAAAAAUCAGAUAACAAAAUAAUGCUGAACUCAGACAUAAAUAUUAUAAUGGUCACUACUACCACUCAGCAACCUCAACAACAUCCAAGAUUCAAAAAUUACAUAUGGUGGUUUCGUGUAUCCCUUUACAUAAUCUUCCUUUUAGCUGGUCAAUCUUCUUCUCUUCUUUUAGAAAGAUUAUAUUAUGAUAAAGGUGGUAAUAGCAAAUGGAUGAUAUCAUUUGUUCAAUCAGCUGGAUUUCCAUUACUACUUCCACUCAUUUUUUACUUCAAACCACAUGCAAAAUUUGAUAAUAAUAAAACCAAAUAUUUCACACUCUACAUAGGUUUUGGCAUACUUUUAACAGGUGUGUAUUUGAUGUAUUCCUAUGGACUUCAAUAUCUUCCACUUUCAACUUUUUCUCUAAUAUGUUCAACUGAAUUAGCCUUCAAUGCGUUAUUUUCGUACUUUCUUAAUUCUCAAAAAUUUACGGCGUUGAUAUUCAAUUCCGUGUUUCUCCUUACGAUGUCAACUUCAUUACUCGCUGUGGAUUCGAUUUCUGAUCAAGACUCAAGUACUGAUCUUCGUAAAGAAAAUUACAUACUUGGUUUUCUUUUCACUCUUUGUGCAUGUGCUACAUUCUCCUUAUAUUUAGCACUUGUACAAUUUUCUUUUGAGAAAAUUAUAAAAAGACAAACAUUUUCAGCUAUAUUGGACAUGCAAUUUUAUCCAUCUUUUUUUGCUACUUGUGCUUGUGUUAUUGGAUUGUUUGCAAGUGGAGAAUGGAAAAUUUUGGAUAAGGAGAAGAAGGAGUUUGUAAAUGGAAAAGUGUCCUAUAUUAUGACUUUACUUUGUUGUUGUGUGACAUGGCAAAUAUGUUACAUUGGAAUGUUGGGGUUAGUUUUUGAGGUAUCUUCAUUAUUUGCUAAUAUAAUAGGUUCUUUGGUGUUGCCCUUAGUUUCAACUCUUUCUGUUUUGUUCUUCCAUGAUAAGAUUGAUGGAGUCAAAUCUAUAGCUUUGAUGUUAGCAAUAUGGGGAUUUCUUUCAUAUAUUUAUCAACAUUAUUUAGAUGAUAAAAAAGCUAAGGUAGAAGAUCAUUGUCUUGAGGUUUCAAGGGGUGAGAUUGAAGUUAUACCAUCACUUUUGAAUUGAGUUGUGAGAAGAAGAUUGAUAAAAGGUGAUGUUGUUUUUGCAACUUUAUUGAGUCUAGCAAGAUAUAUUAAUACAUUUUCCAUGGAUCACAUAUUUGUAUUUACUUAUGUAUGAAACAAAACAUGUAUCUGCCUGUAUAAAAUGCAAAGUUGUGUGUGUUUUAUAAAAAAAUUAUUGAAAUUAGUAUUCA